AUGCUUAGAGCUUUUAAACGUGCAAUUCCACCACGUACUCAAAUCCUUAGGAACAAUGUUCCUUCAUUGAGAUACAACUUUGCCAGAAUCCAAACCAGAUGUUUAGCUACAGCCACUGACACUUUUUUGCAAGGCAAUGAUGCUAACUAUGUUGACGAAAUGUACCAACAAUGGAGGCAAGAUCCAGCAAGUGUACAUUCAUCUUGGAAUGCUUAUUUCACCAACAUUGAAAAGGACGGUGUAUCGCCUUCAAAGGCUUUCCAAGCUCCACCAACUUUAGUUCCAACUGUUUCUGGUGGUACUGCUGGGUUCUACCCACAACAAUCAAAUGUCAAUGAAGAUGUUGUUGUUCACUUGAAGGUUCAAUUGUUGGUUAGAGCUUACCAAGUUAGAGGUCACCAAAAAGCACAAAUUGACCCAUUGGGAAUCACUUUUGGUAGCCACGCCAAAGUUCCAAAAGAAUUGACCUUGGAGUAUUAUCAAUUUACCGAAAAGGAUUUGGAUAAAGAGAUUACAUUGGGACCUGGUAUUUUGCCAAGGUUUGCCACUGGAGGAAAGAAAUCCAUGACUUUAAGGGAAAUUAUAAAGACAUGCGAAGAGUUAUACUGCUCUUCAUAUGGUGUUGAAUAUGUCCAUAUUCCCUCUAAAGAACAAUGUGAUUGGUUAAGAGAAAGAAUUGAGAUUCCACAGCCAUUCAAAUACUCACAAGAUCAAAAGAGACAAAUUUUGGACCGUUUGAUUUGGGCUACUUCAUUUGAAACAUUCUUGUCAACCAAGUUCCCUAAUGAUAAGAGAUUCGGUUUAGAGGGUGCUGAAUCCGUUGUUCCUGCAAUGAAGGCCAUGAUUGAUACUUCUGUUGAAGAAGGUAUUGAAGAUGUUGUCAUUGGAAUGCCACAUAGAGGUAGAUUGAACAUGUUGUCAAACGUUGUUCGUAAGCCUAAUGAAUCCAUCUUUUCCGAAUUUACCGGAUCAAGAGAAUUCGAUGAAGGUUCUGGUGAUGUCAAGUAUCACUUGGGUAUGAACUACAAGAGACCAACUACCUCAGGUAAACAUGUUAACUUGUCAUUGGUUGCUAACCCAUCACAUUUGGAAGCUGAAGAUGGUGUUGUUCUUGGUAAAACACGUGCCAUUCAACAAUACAAGAAUGAUGUUGGUGAUUUCAAGAAGGCAAUGUCAAUCUUGUUACAUGGUGAUGCUGCAUUUGCUGCUCAAGGUGUUGUUUACGAAACAAUGGGUUUUGCCAACUUGCCAGCUUACUCAACUGGUGGUACUAUCCAUAUUAUUGUCAAUAACCAGAUUGGUUUCACUACUGAUCCAAGAUUUGCUAGAUCUACUUUAUACCCAUCUGAUAUUGCCAAGAGUAUAAAUGCCCCAAUUUUCCAUGUAAAUGCCGAUGAUGUUGAGGCAUGUACAUUUGUUUUCAACUUGGCUGCUGAAUGGAGAGCUAAAUACCACACUGAUUGUAUCAUUGAUCUUGUUGGUUACAGAAAGCAUGGUCACAAUGAAACUGAUCAACCAUCAUUUACCCAACCUCUCAUGUACCAAGAAAUUGCCAAGAAAAAGUCAGUUAUUGACAUCUACACUAAUCAAUUGGUUGAAGAAGGUACUUUCACUAGAGAAGAUAUUGAUGAACACAAGAAAUGGGUUUGGAACUUGUUGGAAGAAUCAUUCUCCAAGGCAAAAGACUAUCAACCAACUUCAAGAGAAUGGUUAACCACUCCAUGGGAAGAUUUCAAGUCACCAAAAGAGUUGGCUACUGAAGUAUUACCACAUUUUCCAACUGGUGUUGAUGAAGAUACUUUGAAAAAGAUUGGUGUUGCCAUUUCCGAAGCCCCAGAAGGUUUUGAAAUACAUAGAAACUUGAAGCGUAUCUUGAACCAAAGAAAAAAGGCUGUUGAAACUGGUGAAGGUAUUGAUUAUUCCACUGGUGAAGCUUUGGCUUAUGGUUCAUUAGCCUUGGAAGGUUAUCAUGUUAGAGUUUCUGGCCAAGAUGUUGAAAGAGGUACUUUUUCACAAAGACACGCUGUCUUGCACGAUCAAAAAUCAGAAAAGACUUGGACUCCAUUGGCUAAUUUAAGUGAAGAUCAAGGUGUAUUUAGUAUAUCCAACUCGUCAUUAUCCGAAUACGGUGUUUUGGGUUUCGAAUAUGGGUACUCAUUAACUUCACCUGAUGCUUUGGUUGAAUGGGAAGCACAAUUUGGUGAUUUUGCCAACACUGCACAAGUUAUCAUUGAUCAAUUCGUUUCUGGUGCUGAAUCAAAAUGGAUGCAAAGAUCAGGUGUUGUUUUAUCAUUACCUCAUGGUUACGAUGGUCAAGGUCCAGAACAUUCUUCUGGUAGAAUUGAAAGAUAUUUACAAUUAUGUAAUGAAGAUCCACGUUACUUCCCAUCUCCAGAAAAGUUGGAACGUCAACAUCAAGACUGUAACAUGCAAGUUGCUUACCCAACCACUCCAGCUAACAUCUUCCACUUGUUGCGUCGUCAAAUGCACAGACAAUUCAGGAAACCAUUGAUUUUGUUCUUCUCCAAGUCGUUAUUACGUCAUCCAUUAGCCAGAUCAAACUUGUCUGAAUUCACUGGUGACUCUCAAUUCCAAUGGAUUAUUGAAGAUGUUUUGGGUGAUAAAUCAGAAGUUAAGAGACUAGUAUUGUGUACUGGUCAAAUCCAUUCUGCUAUGCACAAGAGAAGAGAACAAACCAAGGAUAACUCAACUGCAUUUAUCAAGAUUGAACAAUUGAACCCAUUCCCAUUUGCUCAAUUGCGUGAUGCAUUAAAUGAAUAUCCAAAUAUUGAAGAUUUGGUAUGGGCACAAGAAGAACCAUUGAACAUGGGUGCUUGGUCGUUCGUUGAACCAAGAGUUCAUGUUGUACUUGACAAGACUGACAAAUAUGCUGAUUUGAAGAUGAGGUAUGCUGGUAGAGAUCCAAGUGCUUCAAUUGCUGCUGGUACUAAAGCUAAGCAUUUGGCUGAAGAGGAAGAAAUAUUGAAUGAAGUAUUUCAACACUAG